GUGGUUUGAAGGCCAGAGAGAGAGAGAGUUCAGGGUGUGGUAUGAAGACGAGGUGAGUAUGUUGGGUUGGGCUGGGCGGAGCACCCUCUGCAAUUCAAAGACUUCUGGUGGGAGCGGUUAGUGCGGCAGCAGCAUGAAACCGGCUCCUUAAAGACCAGCUGGUAGCGUAAGCAGGGCAGGUAGGACGCACUCUGAGACACACGUACAACGUACUUAGGAUCUCUUUUCAACUUUUCCACGCAAAGCUUUGGCGUAUUUAUAGACAACAAGUGACUCUUGGGACCCGCAAGCUUCUUUUUCCCGCUUCACACAGAAACCACACACCGAGAAAUUUUAAACUGAGCUUCUCCCCCACGAUCGAGGGGGUUACGUUUCACAAAUUCUUCCCAGACAGGCCUGAGGAAGAUACGAAGUCGUUCGGCGUCUACGGGAUAAAGAAACCAUGCGUGGCUGUGACUAUCGGGCUACUGCACUUUUUGCCUCGGUACUUCUGGUGGUUGCUCGACUUGAAGAGGCAUGUGUCAAAGAUUCUAUGGUUGUGGUUGUACGACAGAGUACAAUUAAAGCAGGAGAUCUAAUUUCAAAAGUGGAUCUGGAUAAUUGCCAACAUGAAACUUUGCUGAUCGGCACCAAUGAUCCUGAUGUCAGUGUGGAGUUUGAUGGCUCUUUGUAUGCUGUUCGUGACUUCAAUGUUACUUCUGGUCAAAAGACCUUUAACAUUGAGCUGCAAGAUUCAGUGACUCGGAUCACUUGGCCUGUACAAGUCCAGCUACAUCUUUGGCAUUUACAGUCUGUUCUUCAAAGGCAGAAGCGGCAGGCUGUUCCACUGCGCCGUCAGAAAAGACGUUGGAGACCUCGUCCCUUCACCAUCACUGAGAACGACAUUGGUCCUUUCCCCAAGCAUAUUCAGUUUAUAAGAUCGGAAUUUGAGAAAGACUAUCCCAAUAUUAUCUAUGGAUUAUCAGGUGAAGGGGUUGAACGUCCUCCAAUUGGCCUGUUAUCUAUAGACCCCAAAACUGGUGAAAUUAAGGCAUUGAGGAGUGUGGAUCGAGAGCAAUAUCCAGUUUUGAAACUGAAUGGAUAUGCAAGGAAUUCCCCUGAGCUCUACCUUGAUCUAACUAUCAAAAUUCUUGAUGUGAAUGAUAAUGUGCCUAAAUUUACUCAAGAGGUGUUCCAAGCAGAAGUACCUGAGUGUUCAGCAAAUGGUACUUCAGUGCUGAACCUUACUGCCACAGACUUGGAUGAACCCCAAACUCUAAAUACAAUGCUAAAGUAUAACAUUCUGAGCCAGGUACCCCUCUCCAGAUUUGGUCAACUCUUCUCUGUCAACGAAAAGACAGGUGAAAUCAAAACCUACAGUGAUAAGUUAAAUCGAGAGGAACACGAAACGUACAAGCUCACAGUUGAAGUCAGAGAUAUGGAUGGGGCAUCUUAUGGAUUACGCUCAACUGGGACCGUAGUUAUCACAGUCACCGAUAUGAAUGAUCAUGCACCAACAUUCAAAAAGUCCGAAUAUACCAUUGAAGUAAAAGAGGGUGAAAGUAAUAUGAUGGUCCUCCGAAUGCCCAUUGAGGACGAAGAUGUACAAAACACAAGUGCAAGUAGAGCUGUGUUCACAAUCAUCAAGGGGAAUGAAAAUAAGAAUUUUAACGUAUCAACUGAUCGCAAAACCAAUGAUGGCCUUUUGUACGUCGCCAAGCCUCUAGAUAAAGAAGCAACCUCUUCAGUCCAGUUGGAAAUUGAAGUGGAGAAUGAGGCCGCCCUAGUUAGGGGCUCCACCAAGAAGGAUGUUUCCAUAGUAACAGUCAAUGUUAUAGAUGUGGAUGAAGGUCCAGAGUUCGUGCCCCACAUCAAGGAGCUGUGGACAGAGGAGAACAUCCCCAUAGGGAAAGUGCUGGGAUCUUACACAGCGAUGGAUCCUGAGACAAAGAGCAGCAGCGGUAUCAGGUAUCGUGAGUUAAGUGACCCAGCAGACUGGGUCUCCAUCAAUUCCAAAACUGGGGAGAUCCAGACAACAGCCAUACUGGACAGGGAGUCCACAUACGUAAAACACAACGAGUACAAUGUGACAGUGCUGGCUAUUGAAGAUAUCUCAUCGAGAACAGGCACUGGGACCGUGGUGAUAAAUUUGAUCGAUAUCAACGACAACAGUCCAUUUGUCUCCAAUAAAGACCUGUUCAUUUGUGAGAACGGACAAGAAAAGUUUGUAAAUAUUUCAGCUGAGGAUUAUGAUGCAUCACCCAACACAGCUCCAUUCACAUUUCUCCUGCCAGAUGAUCCACCUGAGAUUAAAAAUAAGUGGAUGAUCUUCAAUGAAAUGGGAUCCUUUGCCUAUUUGAAGCCAACAGAUGAUGUUGUCCCUGGAUACUUUCAGGUUCCCAUCAUUAUUCAGGAUCAGCAACACCGUGAGAGCACGGAAACAUUGCGGAUCACUGUAUGUGAAUGCCUUAACCAAAUGCAAUGCUCUGCCAGACUUGCAUCGAAGAACGCAGUUCUUGGUGGUCUGGGAAUCCUUACUAUGUUUGUGGCUGCUUUGUUACUGCUAUGCUUACUCCUGGCAGCUUUCGCGAUGUACUGUGGGAAUGAUAGAAAGAAAAAGCCUCCAUUCAUUCCCCCUGGUCAAUAUCAGCAGAGCCUCAUUGUCUCCAAUGAAGAAGGUGGUGGUCAGCAAGAUAUGAAUCUUAAAGUAUUGGAAAUCCCCAGGAAUGAUAGUAAAAAUAUUGGAUACGUUGACAGGAUAAAUGUGGAGUAUGACCGAAACAUGGGGAACAGCGACAGCGCAGAUGUUGACAUGUCACACGUCAGCCCUGGUUCACAGAUAGUGAUACAAAAUAUAACCAGCACUACAAAUGAAAUAUUCUAUGACCAGAAUGGCGUGAUGAUUACGAACUCGGGAAGUUGUGUGGAUGGUGGGACAGGAACUUUUGGACGAAGGAAGAGUCAUGGCUUGAUAGAGCUCCUUCGAUCUCAAGUUGACCAGGUGUAUGAAGAGGAGCAGGAAGAUAUUGGGGUACCGUAUGAUUAUGUACCUGAAUUUAGUCAUGAAAGGGUCAAUUCCAUUCAUGGGUCCAUUGCCAGUGAUGUGGUCGACGCCAGAGGACUGGAAUACAUGAACAGUUUGGGACCCAAGUAUGGGCCCUUAAACAGCUUCUCAGUAAAGAAAUAAUGGAUAUUUUAGAUCUUUAGCCAACUCGAACCUCUUCAUUUUUAUAAACUCUUGCGAAUGUUAUUUGGGAAGUUUUGUGCAGGUGGAUGCUUCUUUCAGAAGAUUUACAAGCCUGGUUGCUGUCUCUCAUUCCUUUGAUACAUUCACUGCAGUUGAUCAGUCUGUCAAAUUUCAUGACUACCUGUAGUAUGUAACAAAAAAAAAUCUGCAAUAAAGAUGUAUCCUUCAGUUUUAUUCAUAACCAGCAAAGGAGGAGGCAUGGUACAUUUUAAUUUGAAUUUAUAAUGUAUAUCUUAAAUGUAAAGCUAUUGUAAAAUAUCAUUCUUAUAGAAGGAAUUUUAUAUUAGAUGCAAGGAAAUACUUAUUUGGUUGGUUGUUUUUCUGUCUUGGAAUGUUGGAUGCUGAGGUGAGACCUCUUUAGGAUGUACAAAAUUUAGGGGCGUAGAUAAAGUUAAUAGGAAGUCACUUUACUCUAUUGUAGAGAUGUCUAAAAGCAGAGAGUGUUGGUUUAAUGACAAAGUUAGUCAGUGAUGUAAGGAAGGGUAUUUUUUCACCCAGAGGAUGACUUGAAGCUGGAACACUGGUCUUGGAUCACAGCACGGCCUGUUGGGCUGGUGGAGGCAGAGACUCUCACAGCAUUUGAAGAGCAUCUUGAAUCACCAGGUGGUAGAAGGCUACAGACUAGGAACAGGUAAAUAGGAUGUGUUGAUAGGUGAUCAAUGGCUAGUAUAGACAUGUUCGGCCUGUUCUUGUGCUUUGAAUCCAGUUAUUAGAAUCAAGAUCCCGAGAGGCCUUGAGCUCCUCUUUCCCCACUGAGUAAGAUCAUACUGAUUGGAGCCUUAUGUCAAUCUUCACCUUGCUGUUUACUCCCCCAAAAAAUCUGUUCAUCUAAACCUUGAAUAUUCAACAACUGUAUUUCCACAGAUCUUCAGCUUCAAGCAUUCUGUGGAUCUAGCACCCUCAAAGAAAUUCUUCUUAUUAUUGUCUUCAUCUGAAGCUCUGGAUCUGGUUCCAGUUUCAUCACAGGGAGACAUGCUUGUCAGCAUUCAUCCUGUUCAGUUCUUUUACAAUCUCAAAUGUUUCAAAUGGAUUUAUCAAUGUUUCAAAAUGGCCAAGUGUCACUAAAUUAACCUUCAUUGUUGUUUACAGUAUGGUGAUGCUUUCAGUGGGUUGAUCUGGUGACUGGAUUCCAGGUUCUGUGAAGGGUGGGGGCUGAGCAAUUCCUUCUGAUUGCUUAAAAGCAAAAUGUUGGAGGAAUUCAGCAGGUCAGGCAGCAUCUGUAGGAAGAGGUACAGUCGACGUUUCAGGCCGAGACCUUUCGUCAGGGUCCUGAUGAAGGGUCUCGGCCUGAAACGUCGACUGCACCUCUUCCUACAGAUGCUGCCUGGCCUGCUGUGUUCACCAGCAACUUUGAUGUGUGUUGCUUGAAUUUCCAGCAUCUGCAGAAUUCCUGUUGGUUUUUGUUGGAGGAAUUCAGCAGGUCAGGCAGAAUCCUUAGCAGGAAAUGAAGAGUUGAUGUUUUGGGUCAACAGAAAUGUUGACCAUGCAUUCGCUUCCUCCCCCCCCCCCCCCCCAAUAGAUUCUGACUUCCUCCGGCAUUUUGGUUGUUGCUUCAGAUUCCCGCACCUGUAGUCUCUGAGUCUCCUCACUGGCAUCUGUUGCUACUUACUUGGAACUCAGUGCUUUGCCAUUGAAUGGGAAAUCUGUUUGAUCCAUUGAUGUACCCCUGCCCUGCACUCACACUGAGCAUUGAAAUGAGGGACCACUCCUAUCUACAAUGUAGCAGAGUUCAGGGGAAAGUUUAUGAUUGUCAAUUGGUACUUAGUUUUUACACUUGAAUGCACAACUUGUCUGUCACCUACCAAUUCUCAUUGUGGGUGCUGCAACCAAGCUUAAUAUUUCUUCCUAAGAAGGUUGGAAUGAGUUGCUGUGCUGUGAUCCAAGACCAGGAUUAUUUGUAUUAGUUUCAGGGGCUCUGGGAAUGUUUUUUUUAAAAUGCGAGCUCUGAUAGCUAAGUUCCUAACAGAGGUGUAACUAAAUCAUUACACAAGCUUCUUGAUUUUAAGAUACCUUUUUUUAAAAAAAAAACUGUCCAAGGUUUAUUUCUCCAGUAUGGCUCAUUCUGUAUGACUUCAGUCCAGUGAAGUACCUGGUAACCUUUUACCACAUUAACAGUGUUGUAUAAAUGUAAGAGUUGAGAUUAGAACAGUGUUGUAAAUAUGAGAA